UUGUACUGCCUCUAUUCCAUUGUACUUGUUACUAGAGUGAUAUUUUUUCACACAAUAUGUCACACGUAUUUCAGAAUAGAGGCAUGUAUAUUAUAAUUUAAAAUUAAUGAACUAAUUUUUGUUAAUUAAUGAAUAUAAGCAUAUAUAUAUUAUACUUGGACCCAAACGACACUUGACUACUUUGAGUACCGAUGUUGAACCAUCACCGACGCUUUCACUAUUCUAUUCUUUCUCAUUCCCAUUGAUGCUCCAGGAAGAAUAUCAACCAAAAAUGGCGAAGCAGAAAAUGUUACUUCUUACUCUUCUUUCUCUUCUCUUUUCAGCGUCUGCUACUCAGACUCAAAGCAAAGUCACGAAUAACCCAGGUGACCAGCUUGUGGCUAUACUGAACGAUAACAGAACUGCACACCAUUCAACAUCCCUCUACAGCAACCCUGGUUUGGGUUGCAUCGCUUUGCAAUACAUAAAAGCAUAUGAAGGCAAUUGUGAUGCGGUAGGUGGACCCAAAGCCAAGAAGCCCGAGGAUUCUGCUUUCGCUGAGACAUUUGCCCCCAAUUGCAAUGUGGAGCCCACAACCCUGACCCAAAUCACAGGGCGCUUUUUGGGCUGCCAAUCUGAAUAUCUCAAGCCCGAUAGAGCAUUCUCAGAGUUACUAAUCAAAGACGAUAAAAGCCUGAACAUUCUUUACAGUAAAAACCAUACUGAAGUUGGGGCUGCAGUAAGUGGGUCCGAUGGUGGGGCACCAUAUUUUUGGUGUGUGCUCUUCAGCAACGGAAAAUCUAACAGUAGCUUCGUUCUUGAGGGUGGUGUAGCUAAGGUGAGUAGACCGGGUUGUUUCAGUGGCGCCAAUGAUGAUUGUAGCAGCGCAGAAAGUUUACAUUCCAGCCUUGUGUUUUAUUGUGUUCUAGCAGUAAUGGUUCUAAUCGGGUUUUCUUUUGGUCUAUGAUAGGAAUUCUCUCAAGGUCAUUUCUAUCCAUUUUACGUUUCUUUUUUUCUUCGUAAUUUUUUUGUUCGUUCUUGAUUGAGUUCAUUUUUUGUUGUAAAAUGAAAUUGUUCUGCACACCCCUUCAUGUAAUGGGGUAGAAUGAGGGAAGUAGAAAAGAAGCUUGUACUGUUAUGUUACCUAAGAAAUAUAUUUGUACCAUUGUUAAUCAACAUAGGAAGCAAUCUGUUUUUGACCUAUUUUUUCUCUAAUAAACAACUAACAAUUAAGUUUUACCAAACAUCUUAAUAACAACCGACGGUUUAGACAGAUGAAUAAUUUCAGAUGGUCAAACAGCCAAAAAUCAUUUGCCAAAAAUCUUUCUGGUUGUUAUAUGGCACUUUUCAUGAUGAAGUUGAUCAUGACAAAAAUCUAGCCUAUUUUGAGGUUCUUUAACUCAGUUUGAUCCCUACUAACACACUUUGGACUUUUCAUUUACUAAUAU